AUGACGUCACUACCAGCACAGGACUUAAAUGGGUGGCGCUGCAACAGCCUCUUCAGUGGGCACGGAUGCACGCACCGAGACAGCAUGCUGCAAAUUCCGCGCUUCUGCCUUUUACAGGUGUGUAAGCCAUGCUCCCUGUAUGCUAAGAAAAGUGAUAGCCGGUGUUUGGUUCUGCUUCCGUGCCCGGAAGUGCUUGCCGACAUUACAUGCGAUUGUUUUUCGAUGGUUUUCCUGUUACUUCUUUCUGGUGAUAUUGAAGCUAAUCCGGGCCCUGACAGGCGUACUAAGGCCUUGCUCGAUAUGGAUUCAUUGCCUGAUGAUCCCUCCGAGAAGAUGACAGUCAUAUUUAACCUCAUUAAGGAUCUUCAUGCCCAGUCAACUCAGUCAGCCAAAGUGCAGAACACGUUAGCAACCGACGUGAAAGAAAUAAGGACGAGCCAAAAGAAAAUCGAAGCUCAAAUUGCAACGAUACAGGAGAGGCUUGAUGAAUUAGAGGCAAAAACUAAUUCUAUCGAGCACUUAGAGCAGGCUGUUGAUAGCGUGGAGGCGUCGGUGAGGUCGUUUGAUAACCACCUUGAGAACUUGGAAUCUCGCCUAAAUGAACAGGAGGACCGUUCCCGGCGCAAUAACUUAAUCUUUCGAGGUAUUCCAGACUCUCAAGAAUCGUGGCAACAAUCUGAAUCCAAGAUAAAGUCCAUUCUAACAAGUACGCUUGAUGUGCUACCAGACAACGCUAUCGAGCGCGCUCAUCGAUUAGGGUCGUAUGCACCAACUAAAUGUCGGCCUAUAAUUGUUAAGUUUUCGGGCUUCAAAACUAAAGAAAAAGUACUUUCUGCGAGAGCAGCACUUAAAGAGAAACAUAUAAGUGUGACCGAAGAUUUCUGUGAAUCUACACGUGAUGUGAGACGAAAACUAUUCGAAUUUGCUAGAAAUCAACCUGGCGUAAACACAUAUCAAGUGCGGUACAAAAGGUUUAUCAUGAAUAAGAAGCAGUACAUCUACGACUCGAUAAACCAAUGUGUAAAAGAAGUCGAGUCAUUCAUCGAAGAGUGCCACUGCUCGUACGACCGAAUCACACUCAUGGCUGACGGCCGACUGGCGUGCCUGGGUACUCUGCAGCAGGUGCGGGACACGGAUGCCCGGGGCUACCGACUUGAAUUCGUGCUCAAGCACGAGGCCCAUCCCGGCACGACGAAACAAUUGGACGAGGCCGUCCAACAACACUUCGUCGGAAUCAAGCUCGUCGAAUCACUCCAGAACGUGCUCACCUAUCAGUUGCCGGAGCGCCUACAACGGAGUGGGCUGUUCCGCCUUGUGGCGCUGCUCGAGAAAGAUUUUCCGCUCGAGUACGCCAUUGUGGGCAAGGCCAUGUUGGAGCAAGUUUUCCUGUUCUUAGUCAAGGCUGACAAAGGGUAG